AUGAGUUUCAAUAAUAAAGUAGUGAUAGUGACGGGAGCCAGCUCUGGUAUCGGAGCUGCCGUGGCGAAGGAGUUCAGUUCAGAGGGAGCUCAGGUUGUGAUGGUUGGACGGAACGAGGCCAAGUUGUCAGCUGUGGCCGCCGAGUGUGACAAACCAUUAGUCAUACGAGCUGAUGUCGCUAAUGAUGAUGACGCGAGGAGAAUUAUAGAUGAAACCAUCAAAAAAUUCGGUAAACUAGACGUGCUGGUGAAUAACGCUGGCGUAUCAGGUGUCGCUAAAUUAAUGUCCGGUAAUAUUAUUGAUAUUUAUGAUAAAAUUAUGCCCAUCAACCUUCGCGCUAUAGUGUUGUUGACGUCGUUGGCAGCACCGCAUUUGAUAAAGACGAAGGGCAAUAUUGUAAAUAUAUCUAGCGUUGCAGCGAGACUUAUAGAUUCAAGAACUGGUAUGGCUAUGUACAAUGUGUCGAAGGCGGCUUUAAAUCAUUUCGGUUUAUGUGCGGCUGAGGAGCUAUCUCAUUAUGGUGUCAGAGUUAACACUAUUAGCCCAGGGCCAGUAGUUACCGAUAUUUUGGAAAACACGAAUGUAAAAGUUACGUGGGAUGAUUUUAAGAAAACCACUUGCCUGGACAGGGUUUCCGAUCCAGUGGAAAUUGUAGACUUGAUCAUGUUUAUUAUAAGCGAUAAAGCAAAGUCUAUAACUGGUUCCAAUUAUGUCAUUGAUAAUGGUGUUCUUUUAAAGCGUACAGCUUACUAA